AUGAUGACCAGGUGUGCUCUGCUGGUGCUGAUGGUCCUGUUGCUAGGCAGAGUCCUGGUUGUCCCAGGGAACCCUAUCCCAGCCUCCCAGCUCUUCCCUCAGAACAGUCCUCAGACCACUCCCUGCCCUGUGAUUGAGAGCCCCUUAGCUACUACCACAGUCCCCUCAACUGCUUGGAGCUAUCCCAGCCUUGGCCCCCGCCUUGGCCCACGCAUCACCCUCUCAUUGGAUGUUCCCCUCGGCCUCCUGCGGAUCUUAUUAGAACAGGCCAGGACCAAUGCUGCCAGGGAGCAGGCUGCCACCAACGCCCGCAUCCUGGCUCAUGUUGGCUGA